ACCACUGCAUUGGAAUGUUUAUUAAGUAUAAGACUAAAGAACCAGUAUAAAGAUGGAAGAAGAAUCCUAUAAAAGAUUACUCACCAAAGGUUUCAAUAAUCAGAAGCAUUCUGGCAUUCAACAUGCAAAUAUCUAUUUUUUACCUUUUGAUUACUUUAACUAUCACAUCUGUGGCAGCAGAUGUUGAUAGCAAAAAAGUAGAUGUUCGAUUACCGGUUCACAAGCCAGACGAGUCUGACGAUAGGAAUCCUGAGAAUGUGAAUGUGCUUUUAACGACACUCUUUGAAAUGCAUCAUAAUCUUCUCGCACAAAUAAGCGUCUUGGAAGAUAAGCUAAAAACUUCUUCAUUGCCAACAACUGAAAAAUCAGAUAUAAAACACAUGGUUGAGCAUUAUACGGCACAGAAAAAUAACAUAGAAUUGAGUAUUCAACUAAUUCAAUCGAAUGAAGGUCUUGAUAUGUCUAGAUCACGGCGGCGGGGUGGUGGUGAGAAUGAAUCUUCUAUAGAAACUAAAAGCAUUCCGCUUUUUAUGAAUUUUUUUAAGCGAAAUCGAAAUCCAACUUCCGAUCAGACAAAUCCAAAUAUCGGCUACUCUCUAGCAUACCCGCAGCCAAUUUAUGAGGUUCCGUCCCAGCCCCAGGUGCAGACUCAACCUCAGGCCCAGUCCCAAUCGACACCAACAUUUGUUUAUCAAGCCCCAUCCCCAAUAUCAGUUCCAAGUCAACAGGCUAACCAACAGUUUGUAGCCACUUCUCAGCCUCAGUAUCAGGCCCAAUAUCAGCCUCAGUACCAACCUCAGCCCCAGUUUCAGGUACAAUCCGAGCCCCAGCAAAUUGUUCAGGUGGACCAGCAAUAUGUGCCUGGACCUCAAGUAGCACUCUAUUCACAAGUUCAAGAAACAUUGCCAGAAUCUCAAUAUCAUCGUCAACCUCCUCAACUUAAUGAACAAUUCCCGCUGGAACAACAAUAUUUGCCACAGCAACAGCUUGACUUCGAAACUGUUUUCAGGCCUUCAAACGUUCCAGUAAGACGACCUCAAGUUUCAGAAUCUGAUACACAGCGCUAUCAACAGCAGGGCUCUUUCGGACAGAAAGAAGGUAUUUUUGUUUACUAUCCAAACGGUUUGAUUACAAACGAUAAAGAGCGUCCAACAAUUGCAAAUCGUGUUGGCCAAGCAUUCGAUCGUUUUGGCCAAGUCAUAUCAAAUUUAGGCAACUGGCAACUAACAGCCAAUCCAACAACUGAAACCGGACUUAGUUCGAAUGCAACAAGAUUGGACAGUUCAUCAUUAUCAAUAAAAGGUAGUAAAGUAACUAAUACGAAAAUUUCUAGUCAAAAGAAACCGAAAAAGCCAAUCGAUGAUAAAAAGAAGCCAAAACUAGAAGGCGAAACCAAAGAAGAAAAAUAAAUAAAAACAAAUAUAUUUUUGUAAGAACUUCGGUGAAAGGAUAAGCGAAAGCUGUUAAAAAUGUCUGUAAUUUUUAAUAAAAGAAAAAGGCCUUUGUUCAAUAUUAAAUUCUAUUGAUUAAAUAAAAUAUGGGUAAGUACA